UUCCUUUACUGGGAUCUAUACAUAAUGUUGGGAACAAGAUACAGUGCAUCCAGACAGGGCGUCGACAAGCCGCCGCGUACUGCAGUUGUGAUUGACGACGAAGAUGAAUUGUACACGGGAUUCAACGAUGUAUCUCCAGCUUUGGACACGAGAAGUCUUCGCGAGGACCAAGCUUUUCAACAAACGUUAAGAACUCCUGGAAUCGGCAGGCAGAUGACUAGUCGAAUGGGCACUGGGGUGUUCCGCUUGGGCACGACUCGCGUGCGGGGCGGCUCGCGCGCGGGCACGGCGGCGGCGCGGCCCGUCACCGCCGUGCGCGCCGCCGGGUACACCUCCACGCGGGACGCGCCCGCCAGGGACGAAAAGAAGGAGGACAGUAUCGAAGAUAAAAUAAAGCAUAUGGAAUCUAAAAUAAUGACUUUGGUAGAGGAGUCGUGUGUGCUUAGCGCGCGUCCCAACUCCGAAGAAGAAACUGACACCCAAAGAGAUCAAAAUUUGAGUCAGGCGUUAGCCAAAGCUCAAGAGGCAUCUACACUGGAGAGACAGCUAAUACGAAUGCAGGAACAAGCCAACUUAGGCGAUUCACAUAAUUUGGACUUAACUUUCGCUGUGCUCUGUAAUUUAGCUGACCAAUAUGCUCUGAACGAAAUGUACACUGAAGCUCUCAACACCUACCAACUUCUCACCAGGAAUAAAGUCUUUCCACACGCGAACAGACUUAAGGUAAACAUGGGAAAUAUAUACUUUAAAAUGGGCGAACAUCCGAAAGCACUGAAACUAUACAGAAUGGCCCUCGAUCAAACGCCUACGGCAGAAAAAGAUUUAAGAAUGAAAGUGAUGCACAACAUAGGUUUACUGCUUGUGCGAAUGGGUAAAUUCCGUGAUGCUGUAACGAAUUUUCAACACAUAAUGCACGAACAGGGCGAUUUUCAAACAGGCUUACAUCUCGUAUUAUGCUCGGUAGCAUUGGAUGACGCUGAAGGCGGCAAGGCGGCGUUUCAUGCAAUGCUCGAUGUAGAGCCACCCACCUAUCACCACGAUAUUGCUAUAGACGAUGAAAACGACGCGUACGAGUGCGUGGUCCGCGACGUGGUGCGCGGCGACCGCCUGUCGCGCUGGUCGCGAGCGGCCGCCGCGCACGCCGAGCGCUGCCUGGCGCUGGCCGCCGCCGCGCUCAUGCGCCCGCUCGCACGCACGCACCGCGACGACGACGCUGGAAGCUCCUCAUGGUGCGUGGAAGCUUUACGCGGCUAUUCUGGCGGAGGUGCCGGUUCUCGCUUAGAACUAGGCAGCGCCUUAGCGGCACUGAGGAGCGCCGCCGGAGCCACAGGAAGUAGCGGCUCCGGUUCGACGGGUGCCUUGGCGGCCGGAACGCGCGCAUUGCAACGGUUGAAAGCUGUAGCUCGUGCACAUCCCAACGACCGAGUUCUACGCGCCGAAGCCAACACCGAUGCGGCAUUCGUAGCAUAUGCGAUCGGCAAGUUUUCCGAGGCGCAAGCGCUAAGUGAGGCGGCGUCCCGUGACGACCCGUACAGCUGCGCCGCUCGCGUGUGCAGCGCGCUGUCGGAGCUGGCGGCGGCCCGCCUCGCCUCGCCCGCCUCGCCCGCCGCGCCCGCCGCGCCCGCCGCUAUGAGCGCCUCGAGCGCCGCGCGAGCCGCUGCCACCCGCCUCGUCGCGGCCACGCAUCUUGAUCCCACUGACUUGAUAGCUAUGCACGAUUCGGCUCUCGCGCUCGAGCUGUCGGGCGAGGUGGAGGGCGCGCAGGCGCGCUGGCAGCGCGUGCGCAACUCCCCGGACGCGGGCGCCACGCUGCGCGCGCUGGCCGCCGCCGGCCUGGCGCGCACCGCCGGGCCCGGCGAGCGCGGCGACCUGGCCGCCGAGCACUGGUACAGCAUAAUAGGUAACUGGGACGUAGGCGUGUCUUGUGCGUUGGCCGAGCUGCACAGCGAGAUGGGGGACACACAAACUGCCAAACAUCAUUACCAGGAUGUGGAGGCGGCGUGGGCGAGCGCGGCGGCGCUGCGCUGGCUGGCGGCGCACGCGGCGCCCGCGGCCGCGCUGCGCCUGGCGCGCCGCGCCGCCCGCCUGCAGCCCGCCAACCCGGAAUGGGGUCUUCUGAUAGGCAGCUCUCUACGAGCCAGUGGUCGUUACCAGGAGGCUCUCGCGGUGUAUAAGAAACUCAACGCGAAGUUUCCGGAUAACAUUCAGUGUUUGAAGUUAAUUGUUAAACUGUGCGGAGACCAGGGUUUGGCUGAGACUAGCGCUUGGAGCCGGGAGCUGCAGCGACGCAAACAGCAAGAGAGAGUGCACUUGGCGUCGGCGGACAGCGCCUCGUCGCGAACGAGCCAGUCGCCCGGUCUGCAGACACAGCUUCAAGGCGCGGCGCGGGCGGAGGGCGGCGCCGCUCGUCGCGCGCGCACUAAUGUAAACGAAUCGUUCAGCGAAGACAGCAUGCAGCCGCUGACGCGGUCCAUCGCCCGUGCCGAUAGCAAGAAGAAAACUCUAGAUUUUGACGAUGACCUUCCUCUACCGCCCGAGUGAGCACGCCUUCAUAUUACACAAGUUUUAUAACUUUGCUACAUAUGUAUGAAUAAAACAUUAUUAUUUACAUUGAA